UCAAAAUUCGCAAAGACCGACGCGUAACUAAACACAGUGUCUCACAGUGCGGCGAGCAAAGCGCUACAAUGUUUCAUUUUCGCUGAGAAUAUUGAGAGAAAUAGUUAAAUAAUAUUAUACACUAAAUUGCUGUGUAAAGAAUAAAAAUAGCUGCUGCGCGCCUCAACGUGUGCAAUACAAAAGUUAAGCCACAAUAUUUUUUACCUCUAAGCCACAUGAAAUUCCGACGUCCAUUGUGCGGCCGAGCUGAACAAUUGCACACGGUUUUAUGCGCCAGAAUGCAAGAACUGAAAAUUGCUCAAAAGUUUAAUGAAUAAAAUUGUCGAAAAACUUAAAAAGAGCUUAGCAGAGUUCAGGCUAAAACUGAAUAAAAUAAAAAUAAAUUAAAAUUAUAAACAGCUUAACGGACAGCUUUGAACAGACGCUGACCAAAUACCAUAAACCAAGACAAAAACCAACUGCACCCACACACACACAUGCAUUACUGCCUCAUGGUGAACUGGAAACAAGUGUGAUCACAAAAAAGUGAAAAUAACUUCACUUCAGAGUUGAAUGCAGUGGGGCUUAGUGUUUGCGAGUUUUUGGUUUGGCUUUUGGACUGUGAGCGUGUGUGAGCGGGCGUGAGUGUGCUUAAGCCCAUGCGUUGACAAGCAGCUGCAAAAAGAGAAAUCUGCAAUAAAUGAGCUUCAGAACUUUUCCAACAACACAGACACAAAUAAAUUACAAGUCGCUUUUUGUUAAGUGAAUUACACACACCCACACACACUCGUGCCCAUACACACAGAUAUCAUAAAACAGCUAUAAACAUGGGUCGCAAGAAGAAGCAACCGAUGGGCUUGCCGCCCGGUGGUGUCGCUGGUGGCGCCCCUAAAACUGUGGGCGGCUGUUGUGUGCCUCUGGGAUUACCGCAACCUUUGCUGCUUGAGGAAAAGAAAUUCUUGUUGGCUGUCGAGCGUGGCGAUAUACCAAAUGUGCGCAGAAUAUUGCAGAAGGCAUUGCGGCACCAGCACAUCAAUAUUAACUGUAUGGACCCACUGGGCCGACGAGCCCUAACGUUGGCCAUCGACAACGAGAAUCUAGAGAUGGUCGAGCUGCUGGUUAUCAUGGGCGUGGAGACAAAGGAUGCCCUACUGCAUGCCAUCAAUGCAGAGUUCGUUGAGGCCGUUGAGCUGCUGCUCGAGCACGAGGAGCUCAUUUUCAAGGAGGGCGAACUCUACAGCUGGCAAAAGGUGGACAUCAACACAGCGAUGUUUGCGCCGGAUGUGACGCCGCUGAUGCUGGCGGCGCACAAGAAUAAUUUUGAGAUAUUGCGGAUGCUGUUGGAUCGAGGGGCCGCUGUGCCUGUGCCCCAUGAUAUACGCUGCGGCUGCGAGGAAUGUGUGCGUCUCAUGGGCGAGGAUUCGCUGCGGCAUUCGCUGUCGCGCGUGAACAUCUAUCGUGCGCUCUGUAGUCCAUCCCUCAUUUGCCUCACGUCGAGCGAUCCAAUACUGACCGCUUUUCAACUUUCCUGGGAGCUGCGCAAUCUAGCAUUAACCGAGCAGGAAUGCAAGUCGGAGUACAUGGAUCUGAGGCGGCAGUGCCAGAAGUUUGCCUGCUGCUUGUUGGAUCAAACACGUUCUUCCAAUGAGCUAGCCAUCAUAUUGAACUAUGAUCCUAGUAUAUCUAGCUAUGAGCCGGGUGAUCGGAUGAGCCUGACGCGUCUUGUGCAGGCCAUAUCGUACAAGCAGAAAAAGUUUGUGGCCCAUUCGAACAUCCAACAAUUGCUGUCAUCGAUUUGGUAUGACGGACUGCCCGGGUUCAGGCGCAAAGGCAUCGUAGACAGGUUCAUCUGUAUAGCUCAAGUGGCACUACUGUUUCCCUUCUACUGUUGCAUCUAUAUGUUUGCGCCCAACUGUCGAACGGGUCAAUUGAUGCGAAAACCGUUUAUGAAAUUCCUGAUCCAUGCGUCCUCCUAUGUGUUCUUUUUGUUUAUCCUCAUAUUGGUAUCUCAGCGUGCGGACGAUGAUUUGGUGCGUCUCUUCGGGACGGCACGAAUGAAGACAGAGCUGGCUGAGCAAGAGCAACGGCAACGUGGUCAGGCACCCAGCAAACUGGAGUUGAUUGUGGCGCUCUAUGUGAUUGGGUUCAUGUGGGAGGAGAUCCAAGAGAUUUUUGCCGUGGGCAUGCAAAGCUAUUUGCGUAACAUGUGGAAUUUCAUUGAUUUUCUACGCAACAGCCUCUACGUGAGUGUCAUGUGCUUGCGCGCCUUCGCCUACAUACAGCAGGCAACGGAAAUCGCGCGAGAUCCGCAGAUGGCCUAUAUACCGCGGGAGAAGUGGCACGACUUUGACCCACAGCUGAUUGCCGAGGGUCUGUUUGCGGCGGCGAAUGUCUUUUCCGCCCUCAAGCUGGUGCACUUGUUCAGCAUUAAUCCGCAUUUGGGUCCGCUACAAAUAUCGCUGGGACGCAUGGUCAUUGACAUAGUUAAGUUCUUUUUUAUCUACACACUCGUGCUGUUCGCCUUCGCCUGUGGUCUGAAUCAGCUGCUCUGGUAUUUUGCGGCGCUGGAGAAGAGCAAGUGUUAUGUGCUGCCCAAUGGCGAGGCGGACUGGGCCUCGCAUGGCGACUCCUGCAUGAAAUGGCGACGCUUUGGCAACCUCUUUGAGUCAUCGCAGUCGCUGUUCUGGGCCAGCUUUGGCAUGGUCGGCCUGGAUGACUUUGAGCUGACCGGCAUCAAGUCAUACACUCGUUUUUGGGGCCUGCUCAUGUUCGGCUCAUACAGCGUCAUCAAUGUGAUUGUUUUGCUGAAUCUUCUUAUAGCAAUGAUGUCUAAUUCGUAUGCCAUGAUUGAUGAGCACUCGGACACCGAGUGGAAGUUUGCACGCACCAAGCUCUGGAUGAGCUACUUUGAGGACAGCGCCACGCUGCCUCCGCCUUUUAAUGUUCUGCCCUCGGUUAAGUGGCUCAUUAGGGUGUUUAGAAAGUCCAGCAAGGCCAUCGAUCGACAGCGUUCCAAGAAACGUCAGGAGCAGGAGCAGUAUAGCAAAUAUGAUAACAUCAUGCGCUCCCUGGUCUGGCGCUAUGUCUCAGCCAUGCAUCGCAAGUUUGAGAACAAUCCGGUUACCGAGGAUGAUAUCAACGAGGUCAAGAGCGAGAUAAGCACGAUGCGUUAUGAAAUGCUAGAGAUAUUUGAGAACAGCGGCCUGGAUGUGUCGUCAGCCAAUAAAAAGGAAAAGCAUCCGCGACCACGUCGCAUGAAAGUUUGGGAGCGACGCCUCAUGAAGGGCUUCCAAGUGGCACCGGUGCAGGUUAGCGGCGAACAGGAGCUGCUCAGCAAUGUGAAUGGCGACGGCGAAAUGCGUGAGGUCAAGGUCGAGUCGAUGCCCUCGAGGCCGGCCAAGGAGACGGCACGUGAGCGUUUCCAGCGUGUAGCACGCACCGUGCUGCUACAGUCGAGCACACACAAGUGGAAUGUGGUGCUGCAGAGCACGCUGCAGAACUCACAGAUUGGACGCAGCACUAAGUAUCAGCGCAAGAGUCUGCACAAUCUGGGCAAGGCCAUCGAGGAGGCCAGAAAGCUCAUUUUGCUCAACCCCGGCUGCGCCUCGGGGCGCGAGUCACCCAUUCGCAUUGAGUUCGAGGACGAGAAGACCAGCACGUUGCUGGAACUGCUCAAUCAGAUCAGCGAGGAGAUCAAUGUGUGCGAGCGACCACGCCGUAAGCCCUGCUGGCGUCCCCCACUGCGAACCGUACCCGCACGUGCGUUGGCCGCAAACAAUGAGUGGUCCAGAUCCAAUACGGCGCCGGAGCUGCAGCUGAAUCGCAAGUCGGCAACAGUGGCGCAGCCAGCGCCAAGUCGCAGCAGUAGCCGCACACGCGAGCUACCGUUAUGCCCAAGUAAGCUGGUCACGGCUGCUGCACCCACCGCCAAAAAGACGGCGCCGUCUGCCCCAAUCCCUCCGCCGGCAGCAACCAAAGCCUUAGCAACAGUUAAUAAUAGUCACAGGGCUAAAGCGACGACGCCCUUCUCUGUGGAGCUUGCUCGUGGCAGAGGUAACUUACAUCGCGUGCAGCCGGCCCAUUCGAAUGCCUUCGAUAUACAUGUCGUGGAUUUGGAUGAGCGCAGCCCAAGCAGCACUGCAUUUGAUAAGGAUAACAUGUCCGAUGUUAGCUCCACUCUAAGCAUGAGUCCCAAGCGGCCGAAUCCUUAAAUGCUUCGUUUGCGUGGCGCCUUGUGAUAAGCCUCUGGCCCCGAAACAGGCUGCGGCUUUAGUGCCACUUACAGCGUAACAUAUACCAAGCCAUCAAAUAUCUACUACAAAUAACAGAAAAAUUAUAUACAUAUACAAAUUGGAAG